AUGGCAGCACAAGUAUAUUCACAAGAUCAGCUCACCCGCUAUCUCGAGCACAUCUCCUAUCCGCGCUCUCAGCACCCGAGAGACGAGCUCCAAUUCCUCAAAGAGCUUCAAGCCCAUCAUCUUGCUCGUGUGCCCUUUGAAUCCAUCAGCCUUCACUACUCGCCACACCGCACGUUGUCCGUUGAUCCAGAUGACCUCUUCCAAAAGGUCGUGGAGAACAGCAGAGGCGGCUACUGCGUUGAGAUGAACACCCUUUUUGGCGACAUGAUGAGAGCCUUGGGGUUCAAUGUCCUCAGCAUCGGAGCCAGAGUGAAGCCUGGCCCAGUAUAUCUCGGCAUGACCCACGGCGCCAACAUCGUCACCAUCAACCAGCAGCGCUACCUCGUUGACGUCGCUUUUGGCAGCCACGGCGCCUUCACACCCGUCCCGCUGAUCGACGGCUACGAGUUCGACAACAUCCUCCCUCGCCGAGGCAAACUCGAGUUCCGCCCCAUCGCCCAGUCCACGUCGCCUUCUACUCAAUCUCUAUGGGUAUAUUCGACACAGGAUGUUCCCUCCACAGAUUGGACCGAGCGUUACUGUUUUACAGAAACGGAACUCUUCCGCGCAGACUACGAGGUCAUGAACUUUUACUGCAGCACAGUCCGCACAGCCAUUUUUGUCAAUAACGUCUUUGCUCUGAGGGGAAUCCUGAACGACAAAGGCGAUGGGCUGAAGGGUGUAAUGACUUUGUUGCAGAACGAAGUGAGGAAGAGAGUGGAGGACGUACCGGGCUUGGAAGUGGUGGAAACUUUGGCGAGUGAAGAGGAUCGAGUGACGGCACUGGAGAAGUGGUUUGAGAUACCAUUGUCGAAGAGCGAAGCGAGAGCGAUUCGGGGCCUGCCGACCGAGCUUGUGCCACCCAGGUCGCUAUAA